AAUACAGAUGGAUAAAAUUAACCGUUUUCUAUGUUAUAGAAGUGUAUGUGGCGUGUUUGUUUACGAGGAAAAUUUUAGCGACAAACAAAGGGUUUGAAACUUAUUUUAGGUUUUUAUUAAGCCAGUUCGUUCAAAAAUUAUUUUUAGACACCAUAAUGUCUUUUGCACGAAGUUUACAAGACGAAUUAAACGAACCCGACGAAUUUGAUAUAUCAUCAGGCUGCGACAUGUCUUUUGAAUUGUCUUGUGAUGAAAACAGUGAUCAACUAGCAGUUAACAGUCCACAUAAAGACAAUGGACCUAAGAAAUUUCAGUUUUCUAGUUGUGAUAGCUUAACACCCAAACCAAAGAAUAAUGGAUCUUUUAGUCCUCCUUACAAAAGGGUUAGAGCCUUAAGGUUAUUUGAUAGUCCUUUGACACCAAAGACUAUUAUUCAAAAGUCCGCCUGUGACACCCCUCUGCCUAGAAGCAGAUUAUUUGGCUGUAAACCAAAGGCUGUGGUCUCUGCAUAUCCUAAAAGGGAAGAACGACCUGUAGCCAAUGUUAACCCCUUCACACCUAAUGGAAUGCUAUUAUCAAAGAAACGCUCUAGAUCUAUUAGAUCUAUGCUAGAAUCUCAAGACAUAAAACCUCCAAAGUUUGAUUUAAAUGAAAGUGACGCAUCAGAUGUUGAACUGGAACAACCCACAAAGAGGGUAGCUUUACAAGAAAAUAAUAUCUCCAGAUAUCAUCAAGAAUUUGUACAGUUGGAACUUAUAGGCAAAGGACAAUUUGGUUGUGUUUUUAAAUGUGUCAAUAGAUUAGACGGAUGUAUUUAUGCUGUGAAAAAAUCUACUAAACCAGUAGCAGGUAGUGUUUUCGAAAAAACUGCUCUAAACGAAGUGUAUGCCCAUGCAGUAUUAGGUAAACACCAACAUGUAGUGAGAUACUAUUCUGCCUGGGCAGAAGAUAAUCACAUGAUAAUUCAAAAUGAAUACUGCAAUGGAGGGUCUCUAGCAGAGAAAAUAGCAGUUGAACCCUUAAGUGCACAAGAAAUUAGGACAUUGUUACUUCAUGUGGCAGAAGGUUUACGAUAUAUUCAUUCGGAAGGUCUAGUUCAUUUGGAUAUUAAACCAGGAAAUAUCUUUAUAUCGAGAGAGAAAAAAAUACAUAUGACAAACUAUGAGUCAGCAGAUGAUGGAUUUGAAGAUUUAGAUGAUAAUACUUUACUAGAGGAAGAACUUACAUACAAAAUUGGUGAUUUAGGACAUGUAACCAGUAUACAAAAUUCACAGGUUGAAGAAGGUGAUUGUCGAUAUCUUCCCAACGAAAUUCUUCAAGAAGAUUACUCCCAUUUGACGAAAGCUGACAUAUUCGCUUUAGGAAUUACCGCCUUGGAGGCAGCUGGUGCCGGUGCAAUGCCAAAGAACGGUGAAAAGUGGCAUUCUCUUCGACGGGCAGAACUCCCACAGCUACCCCAAAAACUCAGGCCUGAUCUUCUCGAUCUCAUUAAGCAGAUGAUUCACCCUGAUCCUAUGCAUAGACCAUCUUCAAUACAGAUACUACAAAAUAGGGCACUGUCUCCCGACAGCUCCAAAUCUAAAGCCGAGCUCACCCGCGAACUCAACGCCGAGAAGCUCAGGAACGAGCUGCUAGUGAAGCAACUGAAGGAAGCUGCGAUCUGCAUCAAGACCAUCGCCAACGAGAAGAUACCGAAUGCCGCCAAAAUUAACUCGAGGCUAAUCGGAAAGAAGGUCAACAGAAGCGUCAGCACUACAACGUUUUAAAGAAUGUUUUAUUAAGGUUUAAGUUUGAGACGAAAAUGUUGAGUUUUAAACGGUCAGAAGUUAUGCGGUUCUUUUUUUAAAUAUAUUUAUAUAAAAUGUAUACUAGCACAACCAAUUUCUAAUUGUGAACAAAUUCAGAUGAUCGUCAAAACAGGACGCUACUGAAGACCGGUAAUAUGUGAACAAUAGCUAUACUAUUUUUACUACAAAAACACGCUUACGUCAUUCAAGAUUUCUGACGUUAAAGCAUUGUUGCCAAAACAUUAGAAUAUCACAUUUCAUCAUGCCCAUGUUUCUUGUACAGUGAGAAGCUAGGCAUCAUUACUUGUCCGAGAUAUUUUUCUUGCUUCUUGUUUACUGUACAAAUAAUAUCUAUAAAUAUUUAUUGUAAUUAAUAAUUUCAAUCGGUUUUCAUUGCCAAAAUAUAUUAAUUAACAAUAAUAUUAUAGUGUAUAAUCAAUAAAAUGGAUCGUUUAAUACUUUAAGGCUAAAAAUGAGAUACAUGCAUGUACUGAAUAGUAUCUCUCUCUCGCGCUUGCGUUUCUCGCUCUUCUGUUUUAUUCUUUUGAGAUUUCCUCCGUAUUCGAGUAUUCGAGUGCUUGUCUGGUUAUAUUAUUUCGGUCAUUCCGUAGAGUAUGUCCAAUCCAUUUCUAUUUCCUUCUGUUAAUCGUGACUGUUAUUUUCUUUUGUUUUGUUCUUCUCAUAUAUGUUUGUUUGUUAUUUUAUCCGGUCAGUAUAUUUUCAGGAUUUUUCUCAACGAGUUAUUUAUAAAGGCUUGUAAUUUUUUGUAGUUGUCAAAAUAUUUUUAUUUUGGUUAAUUCUGAUAUAUCGCGUACGUUCCAGAUUUUCUUUAAUGAAUUAUAUGCAUGUUGUGCCUUUACUAUUCUUUUUUCUAUAGCUGAUCUACUACCACCUUAUCUUUCCAAGAUUGAUCCGAGAUAUGUAAAGUUAUCUACCUCCUCUAUUUGUCUUCCAUUUAUUUCAAUUUUAGUUUCUUGGUUGGUGUUUUUCAAGAGCUUUGUUUUUUUUUUGUAUUUAUCUUCAGGCCCAUUACGUUGGAGUAUUUUGAAAGCUUGUCGAUCUUCUUUUGCAUAUGGCUGCUAUGUUCAGCUAGGAGACAAAUGUCGUCUGCGAAUUCAAAGUGCUCCAACUAGUCAUGAAAAUUCCACCUAAUACAGUGAAACCUCCGUUAACCGAAAUAAUUGGGGGGAAGGCUGCUUCGGAUAACAAGCAUUUCGGUUAAAAAUAUCAUUGUUUUUUUGUAUUCUUAUAUCAAAUUACAUGGUAUUGGAGAGAUAUAGCUGCAAAACAUCUUUAUCAAAAAAAAACACAGAAGAAAAUAGCAGAUUUCUUUAAAAAAACACUCUAAACAUGUUCAUUUUCCUUAAUUUUAUUGCUUUUUUUAAAUUCACUUUUUAUUGACGAACUUUUUGUAACUGUCAGCCAUUUCGGUUAAGCGAUGUUUCGGUUAAAAGGGUUUCGGUUAGCGGAGGUUUUACUGUACCUGUUUUUUACGCUUAGUUUCUGCAUAAUCCAAUCCUUUAUUAUUAGGAAUGAUGUCGGGGACAGCACGCAUCCUUGUUUAACUCCGCUUUGUAUAGUUUUUAACUCCUUUCUAUAUCUUCUACAAUUUCUCCCGUAUGUUCCAGUCUGGCUCUAUAUUCCUUGUAGAAUAGUCUCAUCAAGUUAAUAUAUUUCAUUGGUAGUCCAUACAGUUUUAGAAUCUUCCACAUUUGUUCUCUGUUUACACUAUCAAAGGCCUUUUCAAAGUCAAUAAACACUAUGUUUAUAUUUUUUGUUGUUAAUUAAUAUAUUUCGGCAUAUUAUUAAUAUAUUUCGACAAGUAAUGAAAAGCGAUUGAUACCAUUAAUUAGAAUAAAGAAUUAUAGAUAUUUGUAUGGUAAACAAAAACAAAGAAAAAUAUCUCUGACAAGUAAUGAUUGAUGCCUAACUUCUCACUGUACAAGAAACAUUGCCAUGAUGAAAAGUCAUAUUCUAAUGUUUUGGCAAUGCUUUGACGUCAGAAUUCUUAAAUGACGUAAGCGUGUUGUUGUAGUACCAAAACAACUAUAACCUUCAAAUCAGACAACAACGUCUAAAGGCAGCUGCAAACAUGUACAAUUCAUUCCAUGACAUUCAAUAACCGAUCCACGAAUAGAAGGUUAUCUUAUAGUGCACCGAUUCUUUGUUUACAGUUGGUAAUCUGUUGUGUAUAUAUUGUGUAGUAUAGGUUAUAUGGUAGAGACAGUAUAUUAACCCUUUUUAGUAUUUUGAAGGGAUCAACUCCUGACAAAUUGUGAAAUGUGACAUUCCAGUUUGUAUACGUUAUAGGUUAUGUGUUUUUUGAGGUUAUAUCCGUAACGUCAAAUCAUUUUGUGAUGUUUUAAGUGAGUACGUAUAAAUGUAUAAGCAUUCAAAGUUAAGUUUUUUUCUAUAUUUUAAAUUUAAAUCAGAUUGAAAAAACAAAAUGUGCUAUAUUUCGUUAAGGAUUCUAUUUUUAUUAAUUUUAGUGAAUAGUUAUCACUCUGGCCGUUGAUUAAUUGAUUACAUCUCUUUGAUGCUCAUAAAAGACUAUUAAGUAGUCAAAGAGAAAGAAGAAACACAAGUUUAUCUACUCAUUUAUCUAUUUAGUUUAUUUCUAUUAUUGACAACCUUUAAUACUUCAGUUGUCCUAUUUUUUACUCACAACAUUUUUCUUCUCCCAGACACUUUUUUGUGUUAAAUUAUUAUUUUUUUGUGGAAAGACUUAGUUAUAGAAUCUCCCAUUGUGUUGUGUUUUUGAUUUUGAUUUUUGUUUGAACAAUUCUUUCGUAGUAUCAUUGUUUAAAAAAAUUAGUUGGCCAACACAAUGGAUAAAUUUGUUUGAUUCUAAUUGAGACAAUCACCAGAUGUCACCACCAUUUCUGUCAGGGUAGUAAUGUCACGCAUAACUACGAUAAAUCCAAAAUGCAUAGACACCAAGUUGGAUACGAACCAAUUCAUAACACACCAACUCACAUACAUGUUAAGAAAAAUAAAUAUAUGGAAGAAUAUAUUUAGAAAUUGAAUUAAUGAUGUCAUGCUACUAUACAUUGUACAUAUAAUAGCAUGACACCAUUAAUUCAAUUUCUAAAUAUAUUCUUCCAUAUAUUUAUUUUUCUUAAUAUGUAUGCGAGUUGGUGUUUAUGCAUUUUGGAUUUAUCAUAGUUACAGGUGACGUUGUGACCAUCACAGAAAUGUGGUGACGUCUGGGACUGUCUCAAUUAGAAUCAAAUAAAUUUUUUCCUUGCGUUGACCAACUAUUCUUUUUUAAACAAUGGUAGUAUCGCGUGUCGUCAUUGCUAUUGAAGAAUUACAAACAUUUCAUUCCAAAAUUGUUUAUUGGAAUAUUGUAUUGAAUUUGUAUUUCCACAUUUUUUCGUAAAUAUGAAAAACUCAUUUUUUAGGAUCACUCCAUAUAUUAAAACAGCAUUCAGCAAAUCAUUAUUCUGCAAAUAAAAAUAGAUAGAUACUGAGUCUAAAUCUGCAUUUAUCUGACAGGUGUUAAUAUUCGUAAAAGAAGAACUAACAUCACCGUAUAACUUUCUGGAAAGCGAAAAAUAACCAUAAAGUUGUUCGAUUGUAUGUUGAAAUCUGACUUCAUCCCAAUAUCUUCAUAUAUACGCUUAAAAUAAAACAAAUAAUACCACUGCAAUUUUCAUUGAAGUGAAGAAAACCGACAAUUUAAACAUCUAUUAUCGUUUCGUCAUUCUCCCUCGAAUCCCCAUAUACAGGGUUUAACAAAAAUACAGGUCAUAAAUUAAAACACAUGUUCUGGGACCAAAAAUAGUUCGAUUGAACCUAACUUACCUUAGUACAAAUGCUCACAUAAAAAAGUUACAGCCCUUUGAAGUUACAAAACGAAAAUCGAUUUUUUCCAAUAUAUCGAAAACUAUUAGAGAUUUUUUAUUGAAAAUGAACAUGUGGCAAUCUUAUGGCAGUAGUAUCUUAAGAAAAAAUUAUAGUGAAGUUUGGACACCCCUUAAAAAUUGUAUGGGGGUUUUGUUCCUUUAAUCCCCCCCCCCCCCAAACUUUUGUGUAUGUUCCAAUUUAUUUAUUAUUGUAGUACCAUUAGUUAAACACAAUGUUUUAAAAACUUUUUUGCCUCAUAGUGCGUUUUCGAAGUCAGUUUUUAUCGAGAUAUUUUGAAUAUUUGUCAGAUCCACCACAUAUUUGUAUAUGGUUAAGUACGAUUAUGGAGACUUGGUAAUAAUAUGAAAAUUUAUUUAUGAUUUACAUUUUUAGGUAUAUUUAGAACCAUAUUAAAAAAGGAGUCACAUCUCGAUAAAAGGUGCCUUAUCGAAAAAAUAUAAAGAGUCAAAAAAGAUUUUAAAACACUGUGUUUAACUAAUGGUGCCGCAGUAAUAGUUUAAUUGGAACAUAUACAAACAUUUGGGGGGUUUAAAGGCACAAAACCCCCACAAUUUUUUUAUGUAAACAUAUUAAAAAAGAAGCUGCAUCUCGAUAAAAACUGCCUUAUCUAAAAAAUACUAAGAGGCAAAAAGUUUUGAAAAUAUUGAAUAUAACUAAUGGUACCACAAUAAUAACUUAAUUGGCACGUACACAAAAAUUUUGGGGGAGUUUAAGGGAACAAAACCCCAUAAAAUUUUUAGGGGGUGCACAAAUUUUACUAUAAUUUUUCUUUAAGAUGUUCCUGCCAUAAGAAUGCCACAUGUCAAGUUUCAAUAAAAAUUCUCUCAUAGUUUUCGAUAUAUUCGAGAAAAUCGAUUUUCAUUUUGUAACUUCAAAGGGCUGUAACUUUUUUUAUGUGCAUAUUUGUACUAAGGUAAGUUAGGUUCAUUCGAACUAUUUUUGGUCCUAGAAUAAGUACUUUAAUUUAUGACCUGUAUUUUUGUUAUACCCUGUAUAUUUGUGACAAAAGCAUGUAACGCCACUGCAUAUCUUUUUUUUUGAUAUGGCGAAUGUAAUAAUAUAUAUCGAAAAAUGACGAUCAUCGGUAUUCGAUUUUGUUGCGCACUAAUGUUGCGUUGUUGCAGCUCAAAGUUGCACUUGUCAAUCUGCACGUCCCUUUAAAUAAUUGAGAAUCUGUAUAAUUGAGUAUCUUAACGUGUUUAAUUCAUACUAGAUUCUCUACUUUUAAAGAAUAAUAAAUAUUUGGGUUUGGAAACUCCCAGUACAAUUUAGUGUACUGCAAUGAUGGGUUUCUUGGAGAUACUUUUAUUCUAUUUAUAAUUCAUGUUUACACUUCCCAAUUUUACUAGUUUUUAAUAACUAGUCCUAAUCACAGUGAAAAAUUAAUUUACUUGCACUAUUUUUCUGUAUUACCAGAACUAGAUCAGCAUUUCUCUAAUUAUUCCUAAAAAGUUUCGAUCCUUAUAUGAUUUUGCCACUAUGUGUUUGAAUAGUAUGUUGAUUACUUACGAAAAAUAGUCUUUGUCUUGUUAUCAUUGCUUAACGACGUUCUACACCUUCGUUGCGGGGUAUGCCUCUCAGAGGAAAGGAGGGGAAACUUAUAUGCAAGCGAAAGUUGGUAACAAUGCAUUUAUAGCAGAAUACUCAAAUCAUAUGUUUCAGUAUUGAAUACUUUAUAAAAAGAAAUUAUAAUAAAUUACGGAAAUUACGGAAUUAAUUAUAAUAAAUAAAUAAAAAAUAAAUGGGACGGUAAACAAUCCUCAUUUUUUAAUAUGUUAUUUCUUACCAAAAAACCUUUAAUUUAAGCACAAAUAAUUAAAUAUCGUAAAUUUGGGUCAAAAGUUAUUAACUUUUUAAGAAUUCCCAUAAUAGUCGUGUCGCCAGGUGGGGUACAACGGCCUCCUUUAUUCAGAUGGACUUACCCAAGUUUUUUUCAUGUAUUUUGAACCGUAGAAUACGAAUAUUUUGGGUAACAGUUGAUCCGGAUGUCGAUAAGAUUGUUAUUGACCAAGAACUUGAGGAAUUACAUAACCGCGAUCUCUCGCAAAACAAAACAUUUUUUGGGUCAUUCUAAGCAAAACAUGUUUCUACAAUUUUUUUCGUAGGAUGCCUAGUUUUCGAGAUAACCGCGGUUGAACUUUCAAAAAAUCGAACAAUUGCAAUUUUUGAACCCGAAUAACUUUUGAUUAAAAAAUAAAAUAGCAAGUCUGCUUACCGCAUUUGAAAGUUUAAGUCAAAUUAUAUCGGUUUUGAUUAUUUGCAUUGCUAAAAAUUUAUUUUUUUAUUGUUUAACCAAGCUAUAAACACAUAGUGUUUCCCGUGCCUUUACAUGCGUUUUAACGCAUGCUACGUAGAAAUAGGAUGGAUUGCACUAGUACCUAUUCUACCUACUCGUUCGAUUUUAAAUGAGAAAUCAUUGAAAACAUCACUCCCGCACUAGGUGUUUGUAGCUUUGUUUAACAAUAACAAAAUAAAUUUUUAGCAAUGCAAAUAAUCAAAACCGAUAUAAUUUGACUUGAACUUUCAAAGGCGGUAAGCAGAAUUGCUAUUUUAUUUUUUAAUCAAAAGUUAUUCGGGUUUAAAAAUUGCAGUUUUUUGAUUUUUUGAAAGUUCAACCGCGUUUAUUUCGAAAACUAGGCAUCCUACGAAAAAAAUUGUAGAAACAUGUUUUGCUUAGAAUGACCCAAAAAAUACCAAAAAAUGUUUUGUUUUGCGAGAAAUCUCUGUUAUGUAAUUUUUUUCAAGUUCUUGGUCAAUAACAAUCUUACCGACAUCCGCAUCAACUGUUACCCAAAAAAUUCGUAUUCUACGGGUCAAAAUACAUGAAAAAAACUUGGGUAAAUCCAUCUGAAUAAAGGAGGCCGUUGUACCCCCCUGGCGACAGGACUAUAAGAGCCCAUGUUAAAACUUAACUUUGACCCUUAAUAGUAAUUAAAGGGCACGGUAAAACAAUUUUUAAAAAAUCAAAUUUUAGUUUUUUGAAGUAAACUAUAACAUACUAAAAUUUCAUGCAAAUCCUUAAUUCUUUGCCGAAAGUGUAGAACGUCGUUAAAACGUUCAUAUUAGGUCGAUUCUAUUCAUUUUUCAAAACUGGCUCUCAAUCUUAAACUACUGAUAUUUUUUUCUAAUUUUUAUAUAUUUUAAUCAUGUUCUAUCUUUUAAUCCUCUUUUAACCUUCGGAUGACCAAGCGGGGGAAAUUGUGACCCCAGCGUAGGUUUUUCUUUAAUAAAUUCAAAAGUAUUUUCAAUUUUUAACUCAUUAUUUUUUUAUUUGACUUUAAUAUCAUUCUAGAUAUCCUCGUAUUUUGAAAUAAAAAAAAUUCCCUAUAUUUUACGAAUAAAAAAUAUAUUCUGAAGUUGAUGUUUAGUAAAAUACCGUCUAUUAUGUGUGAUUUCAAGUAGUUUUACGCUAAUGACGUCGACGUUGCAAAGUAACAAGACACUUACUCAACAUACACACUACACAUGACACUAAUACUCAUGUUGUGACUGGCUGAAGGACAUAAAGUCCAUGCCAAAAAAAAAUUAAAAAAAACUUCAUUUUUUUGUUAAUUGUCAUUUUUGAGCUGGGGUCAUUCCCCCCCCCCCUUUGUCAUCCGUGUAACAAAAAAAGGUUGGUCAUCGUAAUUGGUUGCGUAAUUAAGACCAGGGCGCAUCUGUAAAAGUAUUAGUACAUUUGGACGUUGAGAGGUGACUCAAAUUUUUUUGCAGAAAUUGCUUGAAAAUAACUCAAAUAAUAAUAUUUGAGUUAUCCUCCCUCUCAAAAAGGUCAGGAACAUUGUUUAAAUAAUCAAAAUGUCAAAAAAUGAAGGAAAAAUUCGAUUUUUUUCUUCGUCUUUUGAUUAUAACUUUAAAAGUAUUCAUUUCCGAGAAAAGUUGUACUAACAUAAAAGUUGCGUAAGUUCCUACAAUAAAGAAUUGGUUAAAAAUUUAAAAAAAUAGUCAUCCUUGUUGCAAAAUAGCAAUAACUGCUAAAAAAUUAUAACAAAAAGAAGUAUUCGCAUUUUACGUCUUUCAACCAUUUGUGCUACACUUAGGACGUUCAUAUUUCACCCAGAAAAACUUUAUGAUACAGUAAAACAAUACUGUUAAUUUCAUUAAGAUCGGUUUAAUAGAUUUUGCAAAAUAAAUUUUGCAAUCCAGCUUUCGCAAAAAAAUUCAUUUUUUCAAAAUGUUACAGGACUGAAAAUAGGGCAGAUAGCAAGUUGAAAUUUUUUUUGCAUAUAGAAGUGUACCGUACCUUUCAUUUGCAAUUUGCAAAAUUAAAAUCGAUUAACUACCACGGCGUCAGGAAGUUUUUCAAAUAAACAUUAAUUAUUGGAGCUACGCGCAGGACAGCGAAUAGUUUGCUCUGAUUGGGCAUUAAAAUGACCUUUGAUAAUGAUUGACAUAUUUUAAUUUUUAUUGCAUUUUGAUAUAAAUAAAUAAAUGUGUUUAUUGCAAAAUAAAAAUACUUACUCUAUCCUUUGAAAUAACACUUUUUUUUUGCAAAAACUUUCUUUGUUCAUAUAUUUUAACUUAGAGAAUAAAAGUUUAUUAUUUUUAAACAUAUGCAAUUGUUUAAACAAUAUUUCACAGACAAUAAUAAAAUUAGUUUGAUUUUUGUGGAAUUAAAAUAUUAAAAUACAACAAAAUAUAGAGUAAGAAAAUAAUAUAUUAGAUAAAGAUUGGAAGAAAUUUUGGUGGACAUCAACUUGUGUGAAUGUCCGCUGUCCUGUGCGUAGCACCAAAAAUUAAUGUUUAUUUAAAAAAUUUCCUGACUCCUUGGUAAUUAGUCGAUUUUAAUUCUGCAAAUUGCAAAUGAAAGGCAAAGUACAUUUCUAUAACCAAAAAGAAAAUCAACUUGUUAUCUGCUUUAUUUUCAGUCCUGCAACAUUUUAAAAAAAUAAUUUUUUUUUGCGAAAGCUGUAUUGCAAAAUUUAUUAAACAGAUCGUAAUGAAAUUUACAGUGUUGUUUUACUAUAUCAUAAAGUUUUUCUGUGUAAAAUACGAAGGUCCUAAGUGUAGCAUAAAUACUUGUUUUUGUAUGUUUUUUUUCGCAAUUAUUGCUAUUUUGCAACAAGGGUGACUGUUUUUUAAAUUUAUAACCAAUUCUAUAUUGUAGAAAAUUUAAUUACGAAACUUUUAUGUCAGUACAACUUUUCUCAAAAAUGAAUAGUUUUAAAGUUAUAAUCAAAAAACCAAUAAAAAAUCGAAUUUUUCCUUCAUAUUUUGACAUUUUGAUUAUUUAUACAAUGUUCCGGACCAUUUUGAGUGGGAGGAUAACUCAAAUAUUAUUAUUUGAGUUAUUUUCAAGCAAUUUCUGCGAAAAAAAUUGAGUCACCUCUCAACGUCCAUCUCAAAACAGAUGCGCCCUGGACUAUGUCUUAUUUUUUGUUUUUCAAUUUCUGUUGAGUAUUUCGGAAAAAUCGCAAAGAUUGAUUUAUAGGUCUAAGUAAGUUUUAAUACACCAACAAGGCCCAGACAACAGUUAGCACACUCAAGAUCGUGGUCCUUAAAGAUGUAAAUUCUGACUAAUAUAUCUAUAAAGUACAUAAUCCACACUAUUCGCUACUAGAAUUCACAGAAACUUUUAAAAAUAGACACCUGAACUGAAAUAUUAAAUACUUUUGUCUUUAAGUAUUUUAGAGAGAGGAAAAGAUCAUUUGGACACUGGGUACUGAGAUUCUCGAGAUUUUCAUAAAAGAAUAUUAUUAUUAAAAGUAUUUUUAGAUAUUUUUUAACAUUAAAAUUUGUAAAAAAUGCUUAUUUUAAGUCUGCUUUCUUAUUGUUACCUCUGCGAAAAAUAAAAAAAAUGUAUUGGAUCUUUUAUAAAAAUAUUGUUUUAUACAAAAA